CACAUAUUAGGCCUGAGACUAUUCUUCAAGGAUGAUUAAGUCCAUUAAGCACCCAUUUGGGAAGAUUUAUUCCUGGUCAAUUUAUGUCAGAUUCCAAAGGGGUACCAUCACAGAUUUCACGCGAUUUUCCCGAAAUGCCAUUUUCUUUCGAUAAAUACUACGAAUCAUUGAUUCGGCCCGAGGCUAUUCUCCAUCGAUAGUGAAGUCUAUGGAACCUAUUCUCCGCCUACAAUUAAGUCCAUUAAGCUAUAGUUUGGGGGAAUUACUUUUAGGAUGACAUUUUUGUAAAUUUUAGGGCGAUUUUUUUAAGGUCCAUUUUACUUGGAUUUUGAAGGCUACAAAUCCCAUAUUCGGCCUAAGACUGUUUUUCAAGGAUGAUUAAGUCAAUUAAGCACCGAUUUGGGCGGAUUUAUUACAUGUCAAUUUUUGUCAGAUUCUAAAGGGGUAUCAUCACAGAUUUCGGGCAAUUUUCCCGAAAUGACAUUUUCUUUCAAUUUUGAAGGCUACGGAUCACGGAUCGGGCCAGAGGUUAUUCUCCAUCGGUGGUGAAGUCUAUGGAUCCUGUUCUCCACCGACGAUUCAGUCCAUUUUGCAACAAUUUGAGGAAUUACUUUUAGGAUGGCAUUUUCGUAAUUUUUUGGACAAUUUUUUUUUCGAAGGUCCAUUUUACUUUGAUUUUGAAAGGACAGAUCACUGAUUCGGCCCGAGACUAUUCUUCAAGGAUGAUUAAGUAUUUAAGUUCAUUAAGAACCAAUUUGGGCGGAUUUAUUACGGGUCAAUUUUUGUUAGAUUUCAAAGGGGUACCAUCAUAGAUUUCAGGCGAUUUUCCCAAAAUGACAUUUUCUUUCAAUUUUGAAGACUACGGAUCACGGAUCGGGCCGGAUGCUAUUCUUCACUGAUAGUGAAGUCUAUGGAUCUUGUUCCCCACCGACGAUUAAGUCAAUUAAGCAACAAUUUAGGCGAAUUACUUUUAGGAUGACAUUUUCGUAAAUUAUUGGGCGAUUUUUUUCCGAAGGGCCAUUUUUCUUGGAUUUUGAAUGCUGCAGAUCACAGAUUUGGCCUGAGACUAUUCUUCAAGGAUGAUUAAGUCCAUUAAGCACCGAUUUUGGCGGAUUUAUUCUCGGUCAAUUUUUGUCAGAUUCCAAAGGGGUACCAUCACAGAUUUCUAGCGAUUUUCCCGAAAUGACAUUUUCUUGAUAUUUUGAAGGCUAUGGAUCAUUGAUCGGGCCAGAGGCUAUUCUCCAACGAUGGUGAUGUCUAUGGAUCCUGUUCUCCACCGACGAUUAAGUCCAUUAAACAACAAUUUGGGGAAAUUACUUUUAUGAUGAUAUUUUCAUAAUUUUUGGGCGAUUUUUUUCGAAGGGCCAUUUUACUUGGAUUAUGAAAGCUGCAGAUCACUGAUUCGGCCUAAGACUAUUUUUCAAGGAUGAUUAAGUUCAUUAAGCACCAAUUUGGGCGGAUUUAUUCAGGGUCAAUUUUUGUCAGAUUUCAAAGAGGUACCAUCACAAAUUUCGGGCGAUUUUCCCGAAAUGACAUUUUCUUUCAAUUUUGAAGACUUCGGAUCACGGAUCGGGCCGGAUGGUAUUCUUCACUGAUAGUGAAGUCUAUGGAUCUUGUUCUCCACCGACGAUUAAGUCAAUUAAGCAACAAUUUGGGGGGUAUUACUUUUAGGAUGGCAUUUUCGUAAAUUUUUGGGCGAUUUUUUUUUUCGAAGGGCCAUUUUUCUAGGAUUUUGAAUGCUACAGAUCACAGAUUUGGCCUGAGACUAUUCUUCAAGGAUGAUUAAGUCCAUUAAGCAUUGAUUUGGGCGGAUUUAAUCAGGGUCAAUUUUUGUCAGAUUCCAAAGGGGUACCAUCACAGAUUUCGGGCGAUUUCCACGAAAUGACAUUUUCUAGAGAUUAUGAAGCCUACGGAUCACAGAUCAGGCCAGAGCCUAUUCUCCACCAAUGGUGAAGUCUAUGGAUCCUAUUCUCAACCGACGAUUUAGUCCAUUAAGCAACAAUGGGAAAUUACUUUUAGGAUGAUAUUUUCGUAUUUUUUUGGUCGAUUUUUUUCGAAAGGUCAUUUUACUUGGAUUUUGAAGACUACAGAUCACAGAUUCGGCCUGAGACUAUUUUUGAAGUAUGAUUAAGUCCAUUAAGCACCCAUUUGGGCAGAUUUAUUCCGGGUAAAUUUUUGUCAUAUUCCAAAGGGGUACCAUCACAGAUUUCUGGUGAUUUUACCGAAAUGCCAUUUUCUUUCGAUUUUGAAUCCUACGGAUCAGUGAUUCAGGUUGAGGCUAUACUCUCCGAUUGUGAAGUCUAUGGAUCCUAUUUUCCGCCUACGAUUAAGUCCAUUAAGCAACAAUUUGGGGGAAUUACUUUUAGGAUGACAUUUUCGUAAAUUAUUAGGCGAUUUUUUUUCCGAAUGACUGUUUUACUUCGAUUUUGAAGGCUACAGAUCACAGAUUUGGCCUGAGACUAUUCUUUUAGGAUGAUUAAGUUCAUUAAGCACCGGUUCGGGCGGAUUUAUUGCGGGUCAAUUUUUGUUAUAGAUUCCAAAGGGGUACCAUUACAGAUUUCGGCGCGAUUUUCCCGAAAUGACAUUUUCUUUCGAUUUUGAAGACUACGGAUCACAGAUCGGGUUUGACGCUAUUCUCCACUGAUGGUGAAGUCUAUGGAUCCUGUUCUCCACCGACGAUUAAGUCAAUUAAGUAACAAUUAUGGGGAAUUACUUUUAGGAUGACAUUUUCGUAAAUUUUUUGUCGAUUUUUUUUCGAAGGGCCAUUUCUCUUUGGUUUUGAAUGCUACUAUCCCAAAUUUGGCCUGAGACUAUACUUCAAGGAUGAUUAACUCCAUUAAGUAGCGAUUUGAGUUGAUUUAUUCCGGGUCAAUUUUUGUAAGAUUCCAAAGGGGUACCAUCACAGAUUUCAGGCGAUUUUCCUGAAAUGACUUUUUUGAGAUUUUGAAGGCUACGGAUCACAGAUCGGGCUAGCGGCUUUUCUCCACUGAUAGUGAAGUCUAUGAAUCCUGUUCUCCACCGACGAUUAAGUCCAUUAAACAACAAUUUGGGGUAAUUACUAUUAGGAUGACAUUUUCGUAAAUUUUAGGGCGAUUUUUUUCAACGGGCCAUUUUACUUAUAUUUUGAAGACUACAGAUCACAGAUUCGGCUUGAGACAAUUUUUCAAGUAUGAUUAAGUCCAUUAAGCACCCAUUUGAGCAUAUUUAUUCCGGGUCAAUUUUUGUCAGAUUCCAAAGGGGUACCAACACAGAUUUCGGGCGAUUUUCCCGAAAUGCCAUUUUCUUUCGAUUUUGAAUGCUACAGAUCAGUGAUUCGGCCCGAGGCUAUUCUCCGCCGAUGGUGAAGUCUAUGGAUCUUAUUCCCCGCCUACGAUUAAGUCCAUUAAGCAACAAUUUGGGUGAAUUACUUUUAGGAUGUCAUUUUAGUAAAUUUUUUGGUGAUUUUUUUUCGAAUGACCAUUUUUCUUGGAUUUUGAAGGCUAGAGAACACAGAUUCGCCCUGAGACUAUUCUUCAAGGAUGACUAAGUCCAUUAAGCACCGAUUCGGGGGAAUUUAUUAGCGGUCAAUUUUUGUCGGAUUCCAAAGAGGUAACAUCACAAAUUUCGGGCGAUUUUCCUGAAAUGGCAUUUUCUUGAGAUUUUGAAGGCUACGGAUCACGGAUCGAGCCAUAGGCUAUUCUCCAUCGGUGGUGAAGUCUAUGGAUCUUGUUCUCCACCGACGAUUAAGUCCAUUAAGCAAAAAUUUGGGGGAAUUACUUUUAGGAUGGCAUUUUGGUAAUUUUUUCUGCGACUUUUUUUGGAGGGCCAUUUUACUUGGAUUUUGAAGGCUACAGAUCACAGAUUUCACUUGAGACUAUUCUUCAAGGAUGCUUAAGUCCAAUAAGCACCGAUUUGAGCGGAUUUAUUCCGUCUCAAUUUUUGUCAGAAUCUAAUGGGGUACCAUCACAGAUUUCGUGUGAUUUUCUCAAAAUACCAUUUUCUUUCGAUUUUGAAGGCUACAGAUCUCGAAUUAUGCCCGAGACUAUUCUCCACAGAUGGUCAAGUCUAUGAAUCCUUUUCUCCACUGACUAUUAAGUCAAUUAAGCAAUAAUUUGGGGGAAUUGAUUAUAGGAUGACAAUUUCGUAAUUUUUUGGACGAUUUUUCUUCGAAUAACCAUUUUACUUGGAUUGUGAAGGCUAGAAAUCACAUAUUCGGUCUGAGACUAUUCUUCAAGGAUGAUUUAGUCCAUUAAGCUCCGAUUUGGGUGGAUUUAUUCCGGGUCAAUUUUUGCUAGAUUCCAAAGGGGUACCAUCACAGAUUUCGGGCGAUUUUCAAGAAAUGAAAAUUUCUUUCGAUUUUGAAGGCUACGGAUCACAUAUUCUGCCCGAGGCUAUGCUCCACUGAUGGUGAAGUCUAUGGAUCCAGUUCUCCACCGACGAUUACGUCCAUUAAGCAACAAUUUGAGAGAAUUACUUUAAGGGUAGCAUUUUCGUAUUUUUUUGCAUGACUUUUUUUAGAAUGACCAUUUUACUGGGAUUUUGAAGGCUACCGAUCACAGAUUUCAUCUGAGACUACUCUUCAAGGAUGAUUAAGUCCAUUAAAACCGAUUUGGGUAGAUUUAUUCCGGGUCAAUUUUUCUCAGAUUUCAAAAGGGUACCAACAAAGUUUUCGGGCGAUU